AUUGGGGUGGGUCACCAGUGUCAGAUUGGAAAUGGGAAGUUGAUGGCUCCAAAUAAAAAAAGAGAAAAUCCACUUUAAAUAAACUCCGAGGCCUGAGUAGACUUGCUACAUACAGGCAAAAUUGACGUACGUGAAUAGUUCAAGGGUGCUGUAAUUGGUCUCCCGUUGUGUCCUCCACUAGCGGAGGCGGAGCUGUGGCUGGUUCAUUCAUCCAUGAAACUUUGACCGGGGCAGAGUUCGCCUGUACUUUGUAAAGCUCCAGAGGGAUUUCUAACUUCUUUGGUAAGAAUGGAGUGGGUUCUCUUGCGCUGUUUGCCCUCUUUGCUGCGGCCAGAGUAUCGCUAUGCUCAGUUUCUGCAGACUGUGUCCCGCUGCAGCUCCUCCUCGUCUCGGUUUAAUGUGCCACCAAGCGCCGCUGAGAUCGCUCGGCCGGUUGGAAUUUGCUCCAUGAUGCGCCUGCCCACACAGGACUCUUCACAGGGCCUGGAUGCCGCUUUUGUUGGAGUUCCUCUAGACAUUGGCACCUCGAACAGGCCCGGAGCCAGAUUUGGACCCAGGCAUAUCAGAGCUGAGUCGGCCAUGGUCAGAGCCUAUAAUGGUGGCACCAGGGCAGCCCCUUUUGAAUCUCUUAUGGUGGCUGAUAUUGGUGAUAUCAACGUGAAUCUUUAUGACCUGAAGGACAGCUGCAGGAUGAUCAGGAAAGCUUUCAAGAAGAUUGUGUCCACAGGCUGCAUACCUUUGACACUGGGUGGUGACCACACGAUAACAUAUCCCAUAUUGCAGACAAUGGCAGAAAAAUAUGGUCCAUUAGGUUUGGUUCACGUUGAUGCACAUGCUGACACAAGUGAUAUUGUCCUAGGGGAAAAGAUCUGUCAUGGAACUCCCUUCAGGCGCUGUGUGGAAGAGGGACUGCUUGAUUGUAAGCGUGUGAUACAGAUUGGGCUCCGCGGUUCUACUUAUGAACCAGAUGGUUACCUUUGGAGCAAAGAACAGGGUUUUCGAGUGGUUACUGGAGAGGAUUGCUGGUUACGUUCCCUUGUUCCCCUUAUGAAGGAGGUGAGGCAGCAGAUGGGGAAUGGCCCGGUGUAUAUUAGUUUUGAUAUUGAUGGCCUGGAUCCAGCCUUUGCUCCUGGUACUGGAACUCCAGAGAUUGCAGGUCUUCAACCCAGCCAGGCUUUGGAAAUCAUCCGGGGUUGUCGGGGAAUGAAAGUAAUCGGUUGUGACUUGGUUGAGGUUUCACCAAUAUAUGAUACUUCUGUCUGUAUUUUUCAGGUAACACAGCUUUGACAGCUGCCAAUCUGCUUUUCGAGAUGCUUUGUGUUCUACCCAACGUUAAGUAUCACUGAACUUUGUAUGGUGUUUAGGUCACAUUUAUUAGAAUGAGUGAUAAUCAUUUAAUAACUAACUGCUUUCUCACGCAGUGCAACCGUUACUGGAAAAGACUUAAAUGCGUUCUACUAAUUCAAACUUUAAACAAUUUGGAACAUGCAGUAUUUUACAUGCAAAAGCCUCAGUUACAAUGGACAUGUUGUGUGUGAUAAUUUGCAGAGAUCUAUAAUCAAGAAAUGCCUUGUCAUGUCUGGUACUAUCUUAAUUGCUUUCAUUAAUGUUGAAAAAAACCCCACGUUAAAUCAGCCUACCAAACUGCAGUUGACUCAUAGCAUUGAUUGAGAAAUAUUUUAGGAUCCAUACUGGCAAUUCCCUUCUUAUUGUAACUUUUGACUUUCGUAAUAUGAAUAAACAGUAAUGAUUUGUUACUGAGAUUGCUUGUAAUUGAGUGACUCUGAAAAUAAAUUAAUCUUGUUGGUCUUCA